CGUGUGUUUUUACAAGUCCGUCAGCAAUGGGGGUUUCUUCUGAAACCAAACUGAACCAGCAGAAAUCUUCUGACUACAAGAGCUGUGCUGGUUCAUCUGAGUUUGACGAUGGCCCUCCAUCAAACGGCUUCACCUGUGACCUGCAGAAUAAACAGGGUGAGAGGAAACGGACGGUAAAGGUUAGAAAAGAUACCAUCCAGCUGAAAGAUCUGUCUGCUGGUACGCUCCAUCUGUUCAACCAAAGGCUGUCCAAACUCAAAGAGACAAAUGAAGACUGCUGCAGGACCAACACACCUGUACAGCUCUACGCUGUGCCCAUCAUCCUAGCUGUUGGAGUCACCAUUGCUUUGGCCCUGCAGAUUCACUUGGAUGCAUCUCUGGUCUCCAUAAAAGGCGUAGCGUCCGAUCACGAGCGCUGCACCGUGCUCAGUGAGAGCGUGCUCCGUGAUGGCGGAUCCAGCGUCGAUGCAGCCAUCGCUGGAGCCCUUUGCUUGGGCGUUGUCCACCCGCACGUGUCAGGGGUUGGUGGAGGAGGAGUGAUGCUGAUUCAUGACAUCCGUCACAAUAAAACCAGAGUGAUAAACUUUGAGGGAUCUGCACCCAACGAUCUGAGAGAAGACCUGCUGCAGAACGCUUCUGGGGUUCAGGCAGGUCUGCUUGUGGGAGUGCCUGGUAUGCUCAUGGGCCUGCACCACGCUCACAGCCUGUAUGGACGUUUGUCAUGGGGGGACGUUAUCAGAAGAGCCGCAGAAGUCGCCAGAGAAGGAUUCAAUGUGUCCCAGAGUCUGGCUGUUGCAAUAUCCGAGUUAGAAAGAGAGGCGCUAACGGAGCGUUUCAGGAACCUUUUUAUCCCAGGUGGCAAGGCUCUGAGUCCAGGCUCACAUCUGAGGAUGCCUGGCGUGGCAGACGUCCUGGAGGCUGGUCUGUUCAGUUUCUACCAUGGGGCCGUGUCACAAGAGAUACAGGAGGAGGUGAGGGCAAACGGAGGCGUCCUGAGUGCCGAGGACAUCGGUAACUACAGCUCUGAGGUGCAACAACCACUCGAAGGCCGCUACGGUGAGUAUAUAAUUCAGGUUCCACCUCCUCCGUCUGCUGGUGCAGCACUCUUAGCAGCUCUCAACCUUUUGGCGGGCUUUCACCUUAGUGGAAAUGACAUCACAGUAAACCAGACACACCACUGGGUCGAAAAGGCGCUGGCGGCAGCACUGGCCUUGGCGAGGAAACUGGGUGACCCUAAGUACAACUCCUCUGUGUCUGAGCUGCUUUCUGUCAUGAUGAGCAAAAGUCAGAGCCGUGCUGAGUUGCUGCAGCAGAAAAGCUCUCGAACAUCUCCGUCUGACAACGAGUCGCUGAAGGAGCUGUUGACUGGGCAGGUGGUGGUCAUGGGACCAGAUGACCUGGUGGUGUCUGUUGCCAGUUCUCUGAAUGGGCCGUUUGGGAGCAGGAUCAUUACUCAGUCGGGCAUAAUCCUCAACAGCCUCAUUCUCAGCUUCUACUGGUCAAACCACAGCAGGGGGCUUCCUCAGGCUAACCAGAUGAACCACAUUGGGCCUGGAAAGAGACCACUGACAUUUCUCAUGCCCUCGGUGAUGGUACCGGUCUGGAACAAAUGUGGGACCUACAUGGGACUGAGCAGCUCAGGUGGACCAAACCGUUUGAGGGAAAUCACCCAGAUGCUGGAAUUAUUAAUCCUGACUAACAGAACAAAUGAGAGCCUCUCUUUGGAAGAGUAAUGGAGCCAUGUGAACAUUUCCCUGACUCUGAGUUUCCAGAAGAUGGCGGUUUGGUCCCUGCUGUUCUGUGAAUCCAGAAUAAUUAAAGCAUUCGUAGACCAACA